GUGGCUGUAAAUAAAAAGGUGGGACCAGUCCUGUCAUCAUCAUACACCAUGCUGUUGCUACUGCCGCUCCUGCUCAUUACCCCCUCAACCCUUGCAUCGGAGUGCGUGCCAAGGACCUUUCAGGGGGACAGUUUUGUAUGCGUGUGCAAUUCCGACUACUGUGACCUGCCGGGGGUGAUCAAAGUCCCUGCAGCCGGCUCUCAUACCCUCAUCACCACAUCAAGGGACGAACACAGGUUUUCCAUCCAAAAUGGGUCUAAUGAUGCUUUGCCGGGGGAAGGGAGCUCAGUGGUAGUGACACUCAAUCAUCAAGAACGGUUCCAGGCCAUGAUGGGUUUUGGAGGCGCCUUCACGGACGCCACUGGGAUCAACAUCCUGAAGCUGACAGAAGAAUCCCAGGAGUGGCUCAUGAAGUCGUAUUUUUCACCCGAGGGGAUUGAGUAUAACCUGUGCCGUGUGCCAAUGGCUGGUAGUGACUUCUCAACGCGGCCAUACUCAUAUGAUGAUGUUGAGGGUGAUGUUGAUCUAGUCCACUUUAAUCUGACCACGGAGGAUUACAAGUACAAGCUGCCCUUCAUUCAUCGAGCACAGGAACUAGCUGAGAGAGAGUUGCUACUCUUUGGCUCACCCUGGUCUCCUCCUGCUUGGAUGAAAGAAAAUGGCAUGUUCAAUGGUUCAGGUGGUUUGCUGAACGAGAUGUGGCAGCCCUACGCCGAUUAUUUUGUAAAGUUCGUGCAGGCCUACUCGGCUGAGGGAGCACCUAUAUGGGGUCUGACAACCCAGAAUGAACCUCUAACAGGUUUCCAAGACUGGAGAUGGAACACGUGUGCCUGGACAGCAGAGGGCCAACGUGACUGGAUCAAAACUACAUUAGGGCCCACACUACAGGCAGCUGGUAUGCGUCACCUCCAGCUGAUGGUGUUAGACCAUAACCGCGAUGCACUACCUUGGUAUCCAGCCACGAUUCUAGAAGACCCUGAAUCAAACCAGUUUGUUGAUGGCGUGGCGAUACAUUGGUAUGAUGACGACAACACGGGCCCUGAAGUAAUGAGUGAGCUGCACUCUCUCUUCGAGGACAAGUUCCUUCUGUAUACAGAGUCAUGUGAUGGGUGGGACGCUGCACCUGGCGAGCGUGUGAUUCUCGGCGACUGGUAUAGGGCAGAGAGCUAUGCUGCCAACAUCAUCGACGAUGUGAAUCACUGGUCGACUGGUUGGGUGGACUGGAACAUGGCCCUAGACAUUGAUGGGGGACCAAACUGGGCCUACAACUUUGUAGAUUCUCCAAUCAUCAUUGACGAGAAAUCCAGUGAGUUCUACAAACAGCCCAUGUUCUACUCGAUGGGUCACUUCAGCAAGUUUAUAGCUCCAGGAGAUCGACUUAUCUCCUCUACUGUGUCUAGUGGAUAUGAACAUGUACGAGUAGCGGCCUUCCAACAUGGAUCCACAGACACUGCCUCCACUAUUGUUCUGCUUAACAUGGGCGAAGACAUGGAAACGGUAACUGUGGACGUAAGGGGCAGUCAGGAAUUUGUUAACUUUGUGAUGCCAGCUAAGUCUAUAGUGUCUGUUCUAGUCAACAUGGCAGCCACUGCUCACUAAGAAAAUAUGAAAUACACCCCUCUGCACA